GAAAUUUAAGCGAAUAUCUUGGGAAGCUUCUCCUUUAUAAAUAUCCAGCUAUUUAUAAAAUUUAUUAUCAAAUAAUGGGUUAAAAUUGUGCAAGUGAACGAGAAAAAUAGAAAUAUGUUAAUUUUAUUACACUAGAGAUCCGUAUAAAGUGAAAUAUGUCUAAUUUUUUUUCAAAGAAAAAUUAGGUGUAGUGUCUUGUAGAUAGACUAUAUUCGUGAUUGUAAAUUAUUUUUACAUCAAAGAUGGAUGGAAAGCAGAGUCAAAAAAAUUUUUGUCCAAAAAGACUGCUUAUCACGGCUGCACGAAGCCCAUUUUAGAGACAUUUGCAACUUUACUCCUCAAAUACUGUGCGAAACGAGUUUGAAAUUCACCAUAAUUGCGAUAGAAAGGCAAUCGUUGCGUUAAAAUAGACGAAAAUCGGGAGAAAAAAAAAUUGUUAUGAAAUUUGAAAAUUAUUAUUUAUUAAAUGGCAGUGGAAAUUGAAUGCGCGACGUGAAAAAAAGACAAUUACGCGAAAAAACUCAAGUUGCAACGCUCAUUGCGAGCGCAUUAAACAAGUGAACAGGACUCAGAACCGAGAUAAAGCGAAAAAAUAGCGAAAAUUUCGACAAAUACAGCGAGCGUACACGAAAAUAUUCAAUGUUUGAAGUCAAAUAACUACAAAGAGUUUCAAUAAUAAAACAAUAUGACGGACCAUUUGGAUGAACCUCCGCAAAAGCGGUUAAAAUAUCAGCAACAAAAUGAUACUUCGGACGUACUGUCAAUUGACAUGUUUGACUUGGAAAAUGAUUUGCCGGACGAGUUAAUGGGCACAGGCACGGCAUGGGGAGAACAGCUCGGGGGAAACAAACCUCCGGCGCAAGGUCCUGGCCCUGGCGGUCAAAUUAAUGGAGAGGAUAAUGUAAAUGCCUUAGCAGGAAACAGUGUUUUACAACGGCAAAUGGUGCAUUCACAACUAAAUCAUCCGUCGCAUAUGUUGACGCAAACGAAAAAGCAAAUCAUUAUGGCACAAGACGCGAAAAAUCCAGGAAAUCCUCAAGGAGUCAACAUUCAAAGCUCGUUAGGAAUCGUUCCGCCAAAUAAUGUUGUCGUUCAAUCGAUGUCGGGGCCUAACAUCAAUACAUCCGCUUCAGGCAUGGUAUUAUCAAAUUCCAAUAUCGCGGGAAACAUGAGCGGAGGUGCCUUAGUGCUUAACAAGCAACAACCCUUGAAUUCGCAAAUGAUGCAACCGGGACAACCGAAUGCUCAACAAAUGCAUCAAAUUAACGCAAUGCCAAACGGGCCCAUGAUCCACAGUCGUCUCAUGCAACCGCCAAUUCUCAAUCGCGGGCAAGGUCCUCACAUGAUCGGACAACGUCUCCAAAACGCCCCCAUGCAAAUGAAUCCUGGCGUCAAUAAUUUAGGGGCGCAAGGCAACUACGGCGGCUAUCCGGGCGGCAAUCAACCCGGCAUUGUGCAAGGCAACAACACAAUUAACACGCAAAUGAUCAUGCCAACGGGACAAAUGCAACGCCCGCCGAACAUCAAUAUGGUUCAAAAUCCCCGGAUGAUUGGCGUGACACUGAAUAAUGUUCAGCAAAAUGACGCCGGAAUGCCGGGCGGCGGAAUGCCUCAACACGUUCAAACACAACAAACGCAACAAAAUCAACAGCAACAGCCGAAUAUGCCGAAUGCUCCGACUUCAGCGCCGCAAGUUCGUCCGAAUCAACCGAAUUUGCCGUUAGCGGGUCAAGGAAGUGCGUUAAUUCAAGAUCCGGAGAAACGGAAAUUGAUUCAGCAGCAACUCGUAUUGCUGUUGCACGCUCACAAGUGUCAGCGACGCGAACGCGAUAACCCAAAUAAUCCGCAGCGAUGCGGCGUCAGUCAUUGCCCGACGAUGAAAGACGUUUUGACGCACAUGACGACAUGUCAAUUACAGAAAAAUUGCCCGAAAGCGCAUUGUUCGUCGUCGCGUCAAAUAAUCAACCAUUGGAAAAGUUGUCAAAGAACCGAUUGUCCCGUUUGUUAUGACUUGCGUAACUCCUCAGAUAAGUCAAAGGCUCCCAAUCAAGCGGCAAUUCAGCAGCAAUCGACAUCACAGGGCGCCACGCCGGGUCAAAAUACGCCCGGAGCUCAAGCAAAUGCGAUGAAUACGCCUCAAGGCGCCUCGCAGCAAGGCGCAAAUUCAACCGUGGGUCCUCAAAUGACCAAAACUAAUGAUAUUAAUGCCCAAAAUGCCAUGCAUCCGAACCCGCAGGAGAUGCUAAGACCGAAUUUUAAUCAAAUGGCGAACAAUUUACCAAACACUUUGAACCCUGCAGGACCUCAAAUGAACGCAAAUCGUCUUGGGGGUCCCCGAAUGAUGGCAUCUAUUCGACUUGCGGUCCCUAAUAACCCGUUACAACAACAACAACAGCAAAAUAACGCAUCUACCGCGGUAACAGCUACCGAUGGAUCCGCAAUUAACAUCGCAAAUGCACAAACGACGCAACAACAAGCCACGAAUCAAACGCAAAUCAAUCCUUUGCAGCAACCAGGGGCGACUCAAUCUCAAGGUAACAUCCCCGCAAUGUUCAAUACAACUUCUGACAUGCACGGAAAUGCGUUACAACAAACAAACGCUGCCGCACAACCCGGCGCCGGCACAGGAAUCGGCCCGAAUCAACAACAACUCGGCGGUUUUCAGUCAAAUCAAGUGCAAGCCGUUCAAGUUUGCGGCUCCAAAGAUUGGCAUCAUUCCGUAACGCCCGACUUGCGAAAUCACUUGGUCCAUAAGUUAGUUCAAGCGAUUUUUCCCACUCCGGAUCCGUCGGCGAUGCAUGAUCGACGCAUGGGAAAUCUCGUGGCAUAUUCGCGAAAAGUCGAGGGCGACAUGUACGUUCAAGCGAAUUCUCGAUCGGAAUAUUAUCAUCUUUUAGCUGAAAAAAUCUACAAAAUUCAGAAAGAAUUGGAGGAAAAACGACAAAAACGGAAGAAGGAAAGUCAAAUGUUACAACAACAACAACAGGGAACCGCCAUUUGUGGCGUCGGGCCUUCCGUGAAUUUGCUUCCAAACAUGAACAAUCAACAGGGCACGAACGAAAACAUGAAUCAGCUGACAAAUCGCAAUGCACUCGGCGGAAAUCAGCAUCAAGCAUCGCAGUUGGGUACGUUAUUGAAUCAUCCACGAGCUCCAUUCCCCGGAAAUAACAGCAAUUUGCCCAAUAAUGCAGCGGGAAUUAGUCCAAAUAACAAUCAGGGCGGCUUUGGAGCGAAUCGAACGAUCGUUCAACAGUCAAACUUGUCAAAUAAUGCAUUCAUGUCGACAUCCAACGGGUCGACUUCCCUUCCAAAUGCUUCACCGAACAGUUUGAACGAGUUUGAACGCAUCCUGAAUAUCACGUAUACGGAAAAUCGUCAAACAAUGCCGCAUCUUCCGGGAGCGCCGGGUAUGACACAAGGCUCUUUAACGGGAAAUAAUAAUUUUAACAACCAAACAGGCGGAAUGCAGUUGCCCGGUAACGUUUUGGGCAACAAUAAUCUCAUGCAGCAGCAACAACAACAGCAAAAUUUGAUGCCGGGACAACGGAAUAUGAACGUGAAUCAAAAUAUGACGGGCGCGAAUCAAAAUGUCAUCGAUAAUAUUUCACUUCCGCAGGCAAGCCCAAGUCUCCAGAUGCCCGGAUCGGUUGAACAAGCAACUACACUGUCCAAUAUCAAAUCUGAAAAGUCCCCAGCGCCGUCGUUGUCGUCGCCAAAGAGCAUCGGAACAUCCGGCGGAUCCGUUAAUAUCAACUCCCAAUUUGCCGCACUCGAAAAUUCGACCCGAACAAAGGAGAAUAACUCGCCAAUGUCUCCCUCGAACAUCGGAAAAGCCGAAAUCAAGCAAGAAGAGGAGGAUAUCAAACCCGAUAUGGAUACCUUCGAGAACAGCGAAUCCAAUUCCAACUCGGAUUGCGGCGGCGGCAAAAAUGUCAAUAACGACUUUGUCAAAAUUGAACCGAAAUCCGAGAAAAUGGAUAUCGAUCGAAAAUCCGAUGGAAAAGCUCACAUCAAAAAAGAUGAAGGCGACGAUUCGGCAACAACUGCGGUGGUUAAAACGGAAAUUAAACCGGUGCUGCCGGAGCCAAUUCAGUCCGCGUCGACAGACAAGAAGAAACGAUGCUCCUUUAAGCCGGAGGAGUUGCAGCAGCAUUUGAUGCCGACACUUGAGCGAUUGUACAGACAAGAUCCCGAGUCGAUGCCGUUUAGGCAACCUGUCGAUCCAACCACUUUGGGCAUUCCCGAUUACUUUGAUAUCGUCAAGAAACCCAUGGAUAUGAGCACAAUUAAGAACAAAUUGCUCCAAGGGAAGUAUUCGGAUCCGUGGGAAUAUGUCGAUGAUGUCUGGUUGAUGUUUGACAAUGCGUGGCUUUAUAAUCGCAAAACGUCGCGCGUUUAUCGGUAUUGCACAAAGUUGUCAGAAGUCUUCGAACAAGAAAUCGAUCCAGUAAUGCAGCAGUUGGGCUACUGUUGCGGCAGAAAGUAUACGUUUAAUCCUCAAGUAUUAUGUUGUUACGGCAAACAAUUGUGCACAAUUCCACGAGAUGCGAAAUAUUACAGCUACCAAAAUAGUACUUUGUUGCAAAACUUUCCCAGGUACACAUUCUGUCAAAAAUGCUUCAACGAGAUUCCCGGAGACACAGUCACUUUGGGUGACGAUCCGUUGCAGUCUCAAACUCAAAUAAAGAAAGAACAAUUCAAAGAAAUGAAAAAUGAUCAUUUAGAAGUAGAGCCUUUCGUUGAUUGUCUCGAUUGUGGGCGAAAGCAACAUCAAAUUUGCGUUUUGUAUCUGGAGUCAAUUUGGCCCGGAGGAUUUGUGUGUGAUAAUUGUCUGAAAAAGAAGAAUGUGAAGAGGAAAGAGAACAAAUUCAGUGCGAAACGCCUUCCCGUGUCAAAAUUGGGCAUUUACAUCGAGACUCGUGUCAAUAAUUUCCUCAAGAAGAAAGAAGCGGGUGCCGGCGAAGUGCAUAUUCGUGUCGUUUCGAGCUCCGAUAAAAAUGUCGAAGUCAAGCCCGGCAUGAAAAGUCGCUUUGUCGACAACAACGAAAUGAUGAACGAUUUCCCGUAUCGCGCCAAGGCACUUUUCGCCUUCGAGGAAGUCGAUGGCAUCGAUGUUUGUUUCUUCGGCAUGCACGUGCAAGAGUACGGUAGCGAGUGCCCGCCGCCAAAUACGCGACGCGUUUAUAUCGCGUAUCUGGAUUCCGUGCACUUUUUCCGCCCAAAGCAGUACCGAACGGCAGUUUAUCACGAGAUUUUGCUCGGUUACAUGGACUACGCGAAGCAAUUGGGCUACACGAUGGCUCAUAUUUGGGCUUGUCCGCCAUCCGAGGGCGACGAUUACAUCUUCCAUUGCCAUCCGCCGGAGCAAAAGAUUCCGAAACCGAAGCGUUUGCAAGAGUGGUACAAGAAAAUGUUGGAUAAGGGUAUGAUUGAACGCAUCAUACAGGAUUAUAAAGACAUUUUGAAGCAAGCGAUGGAAGAUAAAUUGACAUCGGCGACGGAAUUGCCGUAUUUCGAAGGCGACUUUUGGCCAAAUGUUCUCGAAGAAAGCAUUAAAGAGCUCGAUCAGGAAGAGGAGGAGAAACGGAAACAAGCUGAAGCCGCAGAAGCAGCAAAUACCCUUUCACUGAACGACGACAGUGAAAUAUCUGCUGACGGCAAGAAAAAGGGCCAAAAGAAGGCUAAAAAAUCAAACAAAUCCAAAGCUGCUCAACGUAAAAACAGUAAAAAGUCAAACGAUAACCAAAAUGGAAAUGAUUUGAGUGCUAAAAUUUUCGCAACAAUGGAAAAACACAAAGAAGUGUUCUUCGUUAUUCGACUACAUUCAGCUCAAUCUGCCGCUAGUUUAGCACCGAUUCAAGAUCCCGAUCCCUUAAUUUCAUGUGAUUUAAUGGAUGGCAGAGAUGCCUUCUUAACGUUAGCACGUGAUAGGCACUACGAGUUCUCUUCGCUGCGACGGGCACAAUUCAGUACGUUAUGCAUGUUGUACGAAUUACACAAUCAGGGACAAGAUAGAUUCGUGUACACUUGCAAUAAUUGCAAAAAUCACGUUGAAACGAGAUAUCAUUGUACCGUUUGUGAUGACUUUGAUUUGUGUCUCGGAUGCAAUGAAAAAGUUGGUCAUCCGCAUAAGAUGGAGAAACUUGGUUUAGAUUUGGACGACGGAUCAUCUCCGGGCGAUGGUUCGACCAAAACGAAUCCACAAGAAGCACGAAAACAAUCGAUUCAACGGUGUAUUCAGUCGCUCGUGCACGCGUGUCAAUGUCGCGAUGCAAAUUGUCGUCUGCCAUCGUGUCAAAAGAUGAAACGUGUCGUGCAACAUACGAAACAUUGCAAGCGAAAAACGCACGGAGGAUGUCCCAUUUGCAAGCAACUCAUUGCCUUAUGUUGCUAUCAUGCGAAACAUUGUCAAGAGGCGAAAUGCUUAGUACCUUUCUGUCCAAAUAUCAAGCAGAAAUUGAAGCAGCAACAAUUGCAGCAAAGAUUGCAACAACAACAACUCCUGAGACGACGAGUCGCAAUGAUGAAUACUCGCGUGUCGAAUGCUUCCAGUUCAAUGUCGAAUGCGAUCGCAGCUCUUCCGCCGGCUUCUAACAUGAAUGCCCCAAGCCUGAGUCCCGCUCAACCGAUUCCAUCGCCGAGCAUGGGCAAUUUGGGAAGCCCGCAUCAACAAACGAACGUCAGCGGAAAACCUGGAGCGCAAACUCCUCCGGCGAAUGUACUUCAAGUUGUCAAACAAGUUCAGGAAGAAGCAGCUCGACAACAAUCCGUUCCCCAUCCCGGCGGUUUUGGCAAAGUUAAUCCUGCGCAAGGCGGAAAAAUGCCUCCGCCGCAGAUGCAAAGACAAAUGCCGCCCCAUAUGGGAGGUCAAAUGCCAAAUGCUCAGCAACAACAAGUCACGCAAAAUAUGGUUCAACAGGUGCCCGGAAAUGUGCAAGCGAAUCUCUUGCCGAUGCAAGAAUGGGGCGUUCAACGUUUCCCCGCCGCAUCGGGAAGUCAAGGACAAGGCAUGCGUCCCAAUGUGCAAAUGAUGCAAACGAAUCAAAUGCAACAACAGGGAGUCAUGAUGGGACCUAAUGGACAAUCCAUGGUUGGCGUGCGUCAACAAGGCGGCAUGAUAAACCAACAGCAAAUUCAGCCUGACAAUCCGGGUAAUCGGAAACUUUUGCAAGAGUUUUUGCAAAAAAUUCAAGGUUUGAAGAGCGGAUCGGAAGAUCAAUCGCAAGUUUUGGCACUUUUGAAGCAAAAUCCACAGUUUAUGGCGUCUCUUAUUAAAAAACAGAAACAGACGGAACAAAAUCAACAGCAACAAGGUAUCAAAGUGCAAGGAAUGCAAAAUAUGCCGCAGCAACAACAAAAUCAACAACAUCCUGGCGGGCAACAAAUCAUGAUGAAUCAACAGCAUCCGAUGCAAAUUCAAACAGUACAGGGCCAAAUUCAACCGAAUCGCAUGCAAAUGCCCGUUCAAGUCAUGGGAAAUGCUGGAGGCAGCAUGCAAACAAAUGUUCAAGGAAUGAACAACAUGCCAGGACAAGUUCAAAACCAACAACAAAACUGGUACGAUCAACAGCAGCAGCAAUCGCAGGGUCAGCAACCGCAGCAAAUCCAGAUGCAACGACUAAUGCACAUGCACAAGCCCAAUUAUCAGCAGCAGCAGCAGCAGCAACAACAACAGCAAAACCAGCAAAAUCAACAGCAACGUCCCCGCAUGCAACAAAUGGGCACCUACCAAAAUAUGUACAUGAACGACAACAAUCAGUACGCGAUGGGACAAAAUAUCAACAAAGGACCAAAUAACAUGUUGCAGCCGGGACAACAGCUCCCAACUAACGUCAUGGGUCCGCCGACGACGCAACAAAUUAUGCAAUCCGUAAGAUCGCCGCCGCCAACUCGCAGUCCCCAGCCUCAGCCGUCGCCGCGUCCCAUAAAUUCACCGAGAGCGGGGCCUGGAGCGUCGCCGCGCGCUCAACCUUCGCCGCAUCACUUGACAAGUCAUUCCCCCGUGCCCGAUGUGCAUGGCCACAUGCAUCAUCAUCAGGGCAAUACGCCGGGCGCCGGCACCGAUCCCAUGGUAACGAAUAACGAAGUUGCUGUCCUCAAUGCCCAAGAUCAACUCACGAAAUUCGUCGAGCAGCUGUAGAAGAGCGGCGCCUCAAGCAAUUUCAACUCACUGAAGUAAAUAGGAAACAAAGUAAAAUUUAUAUUUUAAAGAAAAAAAAAAUAAUUGAAUGAUGAUGAUGAAUCAUUUGAUAAAAUAAUUUAGGAAACAAAUGUAUAUAAAAUGAUAUUUAAACACCGCAGACACGCAAAAUAAGCAAAAAAUAACGACAUAAAAUUAUAAAUAUGCUUCAAAAUGUAAAAAUGAGCCAAACUGACUGUCGUUUUAUUUUUUGAUUCAAUAUUUUGCGUGGCUGUACGUAACAAAAAUUGAUACUUUCCAAACUUUAACUAUAAUAUGAAUAAAUGUGUAUUAUUUAAAAUUAAGCUAAAAUUAAAGAAAAAAUAUUAAACCACAAUAUUAGGCUACUACAGAAAAUAUACUUGUUUGAUCAUAUAAAAAUUAGUAUUAAAAAGUAAACGUUUAACUAUUGUUAGGGUUUUUAACUUUUUUAAGCAAAAUAUAUCUGUCAAAAAUAAAAAUAAUAAUAAUUUAAGCUAACAUUGAUAGGAAA